CAGUUCGCGAAGCCCCCUCCAGUCUUUGACCCCUACAGGGCUUUGACAGGGCUCGAGUCGUUGGUUGACUUAGCCCGGGACAAUGCAGAUCAGGCAAAGGCUAGAUUUUCUCCACGCCAGGUUGUGACAUUUUUCAUGGACAAGUUUUCUAAGUUAUGUGCUUACUUGCGUCACCGAGUGUUUCUUCAUUCCAUACCCGUCUUAGAAAGAUAUAUCUGAAGCCGUCAUCUGGCAUUUUUCUGUCUCGACUUUUACUUAGAUAGCCUACCUCAUGAGUAUUGAUUUUCGAGAGGGGUUUCUCUUUCGUGCUACGGACCCUAAGGAUUGCGUGUCUCCAAAGCCCUUCGUGGACGCUACUGUAGCUUACCGUCUUCGCCUUCAUCCCAAGACGUUAAAUAUUGACGGCGGGGAAACCAUGCACAGUUUUAGGGGAGGUUGUUCUAUGAACCUGUCCCUUCUAGGUGCCUCUGAUGACCAAGUGGCUGGGGAAGUUUGUUGGAAAAGUUAUGGAUAUGGCGCUUCAAGCUUCUCUCCUUGCCCAAGGCUCUGUUAG